GCAUGCCAAGCAAGGCUAACUGACAGACAGUCAACCGUGAUCGUGGCCGCAACCACACGUGUACUCGGCCCCUUAGCAUGCGAAUACGCAUUCGCGAAAUCGCGAUCCCUUUACUACAGUACUUCAUAAUUUAUUUUCUAUUGUUUACCUAUGUAUAAACAAUUCAUUGUGAUAAAUGCAAUCAACAUAAAGCAGUGUUUUAAUAUGAACAUUAAUUCAAGACAAUUGUUUAUUGGUGAAGAAAUAUCGAAAGUGAAUGAUAAUAAGAUAUUAAAGAUAAGAUUACAAUAAAAAUAAUUACAAUAAUAUAGUUUAUCAUAUGGUGCAGUAACAAUAGAGUGCGUCGUACAAAUAUCACGUCCUUCCUUUCUAUUGAUGCUCAGACGAUGCAGCAAUCAAGAAUCAACCACGGGAAGGUUGUUUGUUGACGAUCGUCGCUGUAGUGGGAAUGCGAAAACAGUGCUAUGAUCAUGUUGUUUGAUUUCUCCGAAUGUGCAUAAUAGCUAACUAACAAUCAUGGGCAAUCUAUCCAAAUUGGCAACGCCUGACAACAGUGGCGAUGAGAGUGGAGAUGCUUUCACAGAUGGGGACUUUGAUAACUCGGACGAAGAGACUGUCGUUGAACGGGAUGAGCAACACAGUCAUACAAAUAUGACCGUCAAUGAAGCUGUAAAUAUUGAAACUAAGAAGAUGAAUGUAGAAACUGUCAGUGAAUCAGAUACUAAUAACCCAAAAGAUAAAUGUACUGGUGAGAUCAAAUCGAAAAUUAAUGGACAUAAAAUAUGUGAUGUUGGACAAUCUAGUGACGUAGAUAAUAACGUUAAUGGCAAUUAUGGAAUGUCUGACGUGCGUCGCGAUUCACACGAGGAGCAAAAUCCAUCAAUUGUUGGAAUCUUGGGUGGACAGCAAAAUCAUGCUGAGCAGCGGCUGGCGGCGCGGCGGGCGGCCCGCGCGGAGGCGCGCGAGAUACGUAUGCGCGAGCUCGAGAGGCAGCAGCGCGAGCAAGAGGACCAUGCCGACAAAGCGUAUGACAUGUAUGCAGAGACGGUGGGUCGCCGCGGCGGCACCCGGCUGGCGGCCCUCAGUCCGUCGGUACACUCGCCCCGGCGGAGCUCCGAGGACUCCGCCGACGACACGUUUAGUAUCAAGGACCUUAGACACGAGUUGAAAGAAGUGCAGGAGAAAUUCCGCAAGGCGAUGAUCCUGAAUGCGCAGUUGGACAACGACAAAGCGGCGCUCGGCUACCAGCUCGAGCUGCUCAAGGACCGGAUAGAGGAGCUACACGAGGAGUACGCACAAUUGCAGCGGGAACACAAAGAGAAGUGUUCGGCGCACGAGCGCUUAAAGCGCGAGCACGCGUCGCUGGAGCGCGAGGUGGCGGCGGCGCGGGACGCGGUGCGCGCGCGGGACGCCGCCGCCGCCGCCGCCGGCUACGCCUUCGUGGACGCCGCCACGCUGCCCGCCGCGCCGGCCUCGCCCUCCGCCGCCGCUGUCGCCGCCGCGCCGGCCUUCGGCGCCGUGCCGCCGCUCGCGCUCGUCUCGCACCAGUCCGAGCAGCUGCUCAACGACGCGGGAGAAGGCACCCUCGAUGUGCGAUUGCAAAAGCUGCUCGCGGGCAAGCAGUCGCUAGAGUCGGAAGUACGCAAGCUGAAGCUACAGCUGAACGAGGAGCGUGCCGCCAGGCAGAACGGCGUCGCCAACCACCACGACCAGGAGUACGAGAAUGAACUGGAGGCGGUGCGGCGCAGCGCUGCGGAGGCGAAGGCGCGGGCGGCGCGCGCGGAGGCGGAGGCGGCGCUGCAGGCGGCCGCCGCCGCGCGCCUCGACGCGCAGCUGGCCCGCCUGCGCGCGCGCCAGGACCACCAGGACGAGCACGAGGAGCAGCUCAAGCAGGAGCGCCGCCGCCUGCAGCGCGAGGCGCGGGAAGCGCUCAACCGUGUCGAGGAGUUGGAGACGGAGAACAGCCAUCUGACGAAACGGCUCGACAAACUCAAGAACGCCAAGUCAGCGCUGCUCAAGGACCUGUGACAGUGACACUGAUCACGCACCGUUUACAAUGCAGCGGCUCGGAUCGUAUCGCAACGAGCCGCAACGUGACGGAACAUGACGCAACGCGCCGCAACAUAGUGCGUACUAGCAAUGCAACGUGUCUUAUAAGUCAGCCUAUCUUCACAGAACAGCUUCGGUCAGCGCUGGCAGACGGGUAUCUCCAAAUCUGAUUUAAUGCAUGUCGGUAACGAUUAUUGAAUUUCACACGGUCGGAUCCCCACCUAGUUUAUUGCUUUCUAGUUUUGCCUUUAAACAAAAUAAUAUAGAGAAAGGAGUUUAAUAUGUGUGCUAUGUUUUUAUAAUUAAGAGUGUCACAUACACAUUCAAAUUGCCUGAUCGAUAAAGUUCAAUAACCUGUGUUAUAAUCCAGAAAGUAACCCUAAAAUGCGAUAGCUAGGUGUGAAAAUUCAGUGAGAUUGAUGACUUUAAGAUACCUGCAAAUAAAUAAUUUUAUUAAAUGUUCAUUUAAAUAUAAUGUAGUACAUAUCUUAUACUCCACCUUGUUAUUUUUUAUCUAAAGUUGACGCAUUUCUUUGAUUACGCAUUUCUUUUUCAAAGGACCAAGAUAUGUUGGCCGUGUGGGAUUCAUGAUCGUACUAUGUUAAGGGCAAGUGAGGUUUAGCGACAGGGUCAAGCGUGUCACACCACUUGACCUAGUAUAAAUAAAUAAAUAAAUAAUAAUAAAUAUUGUAAAUGUAUUAUAUAUGACUGUAGUAACAUCGUAAAAUAUUCCCGCUUCAUAUAUUCUGCAUAUAGGUAAAAUAUAUUUGUAUCAUUUUGCAAUAUUUCAGUAAAAUUAAUAUAAUUUGUAUACUUUAAUGCAGAGGGCGCUACAAAUGUUUGACUUAUUCGAGACUUUUUAAUAUUGAUUAUACGAAUUAUAUGUAGAAUUUACGUUUUAGAUUUUAAUACAUCAAAGGGUCAAAAUAGACCGCUUAUACACUAUCUUUAUCUGUCUUGUAUUAAGUUUCUUUUCACCUAAACAGAAAGUAAUAUUGAGUAUUAGAAAUCAUGUUGACUUACAGGAAAUUAUAUCAGACAGACAAGAUUGGUGGAUUAAUUUGGGGUUACUAGAAUAAAUAUUGAAUGAAAGAUAGAUAGGCUUCGAUGAAAUUUAACACAACACUAGAAUUCUAAAUUCAAAAUAUCUUUAUUCAUUUAGGUCUAUUCCAGACUCUUAUGUCAAAUCCAACGUCAGUUCGGAAUGAUAUCGAGAUGAGAAGAACUGACAAGAAACUCAGCUCGUAUUCUUUUCAAAUAAAUUUUAUAUUUGUUUACAAUAAUAUAGAUUCAUUUUUAAAUUCAAAUUUGAAUUUCAUCAGAAAAGUGAAUAUUUUUAUUAUUAUUCUAAUAUUUUAUCGACAUAGUUAUUUAUUGUCAGUGACGUAUACAUUUUUUUUUUUUUUGCUUUUAUUAGAAACUUAAUAUAGGUUCGUUUAAUUUGUCGAAUUUAGUUUUAUCAGUGCAACCAUAUAAGGGUACAUCCAAAAAGACAUUGUGUUUUUUUUUUUUUUUAUAAAUAAGUGCAAUGUUUUAAUCUAUGUGAUUUUUUAACACAUUCACGUCUACACUAUUUAAUUUAUAUAAAGAAUGCUGGCAUUUUAAUGUAUUUUAAUUUUUACUAUAAUCAAAUGUAAAAGUAAUUUAUUGUGAAAUGACAAGAAUAUGUAUUUAAUUAAUACCAAAAUAAUAAUAAUGAUAACGAUGUGGAAUAUAUUAUAAAUGUAUGAUGUAUAUUGUGGAGGGAAGCGUGGGGUGUUAUGAGAUUGUAACGCGAGUGAUAAUGUAACGGGCAAGCCUCGUUCGUAUGGGCGAGUUAAUUUACGUGUAAUUUAAUUAAUAAACCUUUAUAUAACUGUAAAUCGUUUAAGUGUAACAUUUUCUUUUUGUAAAAUAUUUCAAUUUCAAUAAUAUAAUAAUUGUAAUGAUAUGUGUAUAAUUCAUUUGAUAUUUUAAUUAUUUAUUUGUUAUGCAUAUGGUGAAUAUUAUAGAAUUACGUACGUAUUAUACUUUAAAGAUUUUAUUGCAUAGAUUUUUUAUUAUCUGGCUUGCCGAAUAUGUGCGAUCGAGUUCAUUGUUUCGACUAAUCGAUAGUGUUUAUGUUUAUCUAACUUGCCAUUGGUAUCACAAAUUACGUUCUUAUAAGUGUAAAUGCGACCACACACCUACAGUGGAUGAUCUAGCCCGCUCUGUAUGUUUCAACUUGUAAAGUUAUUGCUCAAAAUUCUUAUCCACUAUUAAUGUGAUAGUUAGUCGCUAUGUAAACGUCCAUUAUGAUUAGUUUAUCCAUCGAGUCAGAGUUGCGCGGAGUUUCGUACAGUCGAUUUCAUAAAUAUGUUACUAAUAUCGCUCUUGUAAACGUAUAUGUAUAUUGUUUUAUAAACAAAAAUGUUGCCACCGUUGACGUAUUCUUGAUGUUGACUGUACUUUAUUUUUUUUAUAUUUUGAGAUUAUUUUUGUCACUCUUAAAAGUUACCACGCUGUCAAAUAAUAUGUCCAGCGCUUUUGUUGUAUUGUAUUAACCUUCCAUGGAUAUGACAUUUUGUUAGUAUGACAUUAAUUUCCAUAGUAAUUUGUAAAUUUCAGAAUUAGCGGAAUAGAAUUUAUGGCUGGUUGCUUUAGUGGCGAGGUGUAGUCUUACCACUGAUGUAAUAUAGUUGUUAUCUAUUAGUCAUGCUCACUUAACGUACUGUGCCAUUGCGCACCAAAAUGUAUUAGUAUAUACAAUAAUAAAUCGAUGUGAGUUGUAUGUAGUUUUGUAGUUAUUAAAUCGCGUAGUGUCGCUCUUGUUGAGCGAUUGACGAGUGCACCCCGGCACAGAAAUAUAGUUCAGCAAUCCAUAUACUUCUGCGGGACUAUACAGUAUAUAGUUUAGCGGGAAAGGUAUAAGGUUUCAAACCCUUCCUCCCCCCACCCCCCAUCUUUCGAGGGGCACAAUGCUCAAUGUUGACGAGCUAUUGUAUAGACGGUUGCGAAAUCAUCUCGUACUCAGUAUCUGUCGCCGUGAGUGGAUCUUAUGUAGGGCCUAUACAUAAAGUGUACUGUUAAAACAUUACCAAUAUAAUACUGAUGAAAUACGUUUCACAGAAAAAUUGUGUUGGGCUAAAACAUGAUAGUUCAAUUGGAGUUAGUUACGCAGAAAAUAUUGCCAUUGUAUGGAAUGUCUAUAACAAACGGCUAUUUUUUUACGUAAAUAGCUUUAAUUUUCAAUAUUAAACUUUGAUCGAGGUUAUUGACUUGGAUUUUAUUAACUUUUAAAGUUUAAAAAAAAAAAAUCUUAUACACAUUAAAGUCGUUAAAGUCACCGAUGUGUAUAAGUUUUUUUUUUUUUUUAAGUAUUUUUUUUAAUCCAAGGCUAUACAGAUUAAUUAUUUCGUGAAACGCAGUCCAGUAUGUAUUGUUUAGUUCAAAUUAUGUUUAUAGGCAAUAUAUGUUGUGAUUAUCUGACGCGCUGUCCGCGCUCUUCGCGCCAACAGACGUUAGAAUAAAUGUAAGUAGGAAUGUCAUUUAUAAGUAUGAUGUAUGUAUUUUGGUGCUGCAUUACUAAUUUAUUUUGUUUUUAACUAUAAUGACUUUGAACUGUCUUUUAUAUGAAGCGAAACUGACUUAAUGUAUAAAUUUGGAUAUUUUGAAUAAAUUUCGCUCUAGA